AUGUAUUCCAAAUCCGAAGUUCCCUCCUACAGCCAGAUAGCCUGUGUUGGUGCCGGACUAUCAGCCGUUGCCCUGGGUGCGACGCUGAAGAGAUGGUAUGAUCUCGAAGACAUUCGCUUCUUUGAACGACAUCCCACGAGCGGUGGCACAUGGUACAUCAACACCUACCCUGGGUGCGGCUGCGAUGUGCCGAGCGCUCUCUACAGCUUCUCAUUUGCUCUAAACCCAAACUGGACGAAGCUCAUGCCAUCAAACCAGGAAAUCCUCGAGUAUGUCGAUAAUGUGUUGGAUACCUACAAUCUUCGUCCUAAGAUGACCUUCGGCACAGAAGUUGUCCGUAGUGUUUGGCGCGAAGAUGCAAACCGGUGGUUUCUUUACCUGCGUGAUCUGACAACCGGGAGAGAAUACACCCAUGAAUGUCAAAUUCUCUUCGCAGCCACAGGACAACUCGUCGAACCGCGUCCAUGUGAAAUCCCUGGUACUUUGGAUUUCCACGGGAAUAUCUUCCAUUCAGCGCGGUGGGAUCACAGCGUAGACUUGGAGGGGAAGAACGUUGUUGUUAUUGGCAAUGGAUGUACGGCUGCGCAAAUUGUGCCAGCGCUGGUAAACAAUGAGAAGGUGAAGUCCGUCACGCAGAUUGUCCGAACAAAGCACUGGAUAUUCCCAGCCCCGAACUUUUCCUACAGUUGGGUUUUGCAAUGGAUCUUUCGCUAUAUCCCACUAGCCAUGAGAUUGCAUAGGUUUCACAUUUUCAUGAUUGCUGAAAAUGAUUUUCGAUUGUUUCCAAUGACCAAGGGGGCAGCGAAACUUAGGGAGAAAAGACGAAGGCAAGUAGAAAAGUACAUGCGAGAAGCAGGUCCAGAGAAAUAUCACGACAUUCUUAUUCCAGACUUCGAUGUGGGAUGCAAGAGACGAAUCUUCGACCCCGGUUACCUUGAGUCUCUCCAUAGCGAUAAAGUCCUUCUGACAGAUGCGAAAACCGAAAGGAUCACCGCAGAAGGCAUCGAGACAGACAAAGGCUUCAUCCCGGCGGACGUUAUUGUCCUCGCCACAGGCUUCCAGACCAACAAAUUUAUCCCAUACAUGGAUGUUGUCGGCCGCAACUGCGAGAGCAUCUCACAGCACUGGGCUAAAUAUGAUGGCCCAGCCGCCUACAAUUGCUCUGUGCUGAGUGGAUUUCCGAACUUCUUCAUGCUCCUGGGUCCCAACGCUGCAACUGGACAUACGUCCGCUAUAAUGGCUGCAGAGAACUCCAUCAACUACGCUCUUCGUGUUUUGAAGCCAGUCUUAGAUGGAAAUGCUGCUUCAGUAGAACUUAGGGCUAAGGCUGAGCAUGACUACGUUUACUGGGUGCAGGACGCAUUGAAUAAACGCGUUUGGAACGCUGGCUGUGUAUCAUGGUAUCUUAAUGACAAAAAGUGGAACUCCAUGUCCUAUCCCUGGACUCAAGGCCACUACUGGUGGAGGAGCUUUUUUCCCACAUGGUCCGACUGGAACAUCAAGUCUAGUGAUAGGGGGAGCAUGUCUCUCCAGAAUCUCAGAGACUACUUGGCCAAGGUGCUAUCUAGCUUGCUGAGCAAGUAG